UAUUUUUUGGGGUGGAACAGUGAAUUUAGCCGUACGAGAAAGAAAAAUAUCUUGCAUCUGACCCUUGUCCUUGCUUUUUCCAAUUUUCCAUCCUCCUCCGCCUGCCUGGCUUCCUGGCUACUCACUCAUUCCCCGAAUUCGCGGCUGACGUGGACAUCAACUUCGGCUGGACAAGUGUAAAAGUGCGACAACUGGGCUACUCUUUUUGGGUCCCAAAUUCCUCUUUCUUUCCAUCAACAAAAACCGACCCAUUUGGUUUGUUCAUGAUACUAGUGAAUAUAUAGUAAAUCGUUCCAGAAACCAACCUAAUCCAGAGAACGGCUUCUUUUACAUGAUUUUUUUUUUUUUUUGCCCUUUUUCGUUUUCUAAGUCUGGUGCUACGAGUGAACAAUUCUGGGGAUUUGUCUCUUUUGUUUUCCUAAAUUUGGGUACGGAUUCCAGAAAGAUAUCUAUAGGAACAUGCAAAGCUUAAAUGGUUCUUCAUCAAGGCCAGAAAUGGACCGAACGGGGUCGCUAUUGUCGGAGCUGAGCGUUGAAAAAGAAAAACAUCCCUCGAAUUCUGAUGAUACAACCUCAACUUUGCUGGAAUCUCAAGAAACAGAAUCAGAAUCCACACAGUGGACAGACGAGAAACACAGCUUGUAUCUUAAUUCGAUGGAGGCCUCAUUUGUUAACCAGUUGUAUGAUUCGUUGGAUACAUUGGGUGGUUUCUCCCAACAAGAAUCCUUGUCAGAACCUAAAAACUGGGGGCAAAUGAAUGAUGGUGUUGCUACUCCUUCUGGCCAGUUCAAGGUUUUCAAAGAUGGCUCUUGGGCAAGAGUCAAUUUCAGCAAUUACAGGAGAGAAAUGGCACGACCAAAGCAAGCACAGAAAUCUGACCCUGUUUUCGCAAAUCCCUGGAUUCAACAUUACAGGUCCUCGUGCAGGCACCAAACCAGAACCUUCCAAGGACAAGCUCCUGUAUCUACUACUGCCAAUCCAACUGCGUUUCCGCUUGGCUGCCAAGAUUCUAUGGGCAGCAAUACAGAGAUGACUGAUCAAAACUUUGCUGACGAGGAUUCUGAAGAAGAGAAGAAAAGCAGAAAACGCCGCCAAAAAUGCAGAAAAAUGUCAGCAGCCACCGCUUCAUCCAAUGAUCAAGUCGUGCCUCAUGGAAAGUUAUCUCUUAUAGAUGAUCAUUCCAAGGUUCAUAGUUCCCAAAAAGAGUAGGGACUUGGAUAGAGAACGCAAUCAACUACGAGAAUUGACAUUUUUGUGAUUGUAAUUUACAACUCGUAUUUUUCAGUUGAUUCUAAUUAGUAGUUUGACUACAGAUGUAAACCUCAAACCCAGUGCUGAGGAGAGAAGGAAGAUUGUCAAACCAGUAUAUGGCAUGAGGCUUAGCCUGAGUUCUGCAUAAGGGACUAGAGGAAUGUCAAGGAGAUGCAAGGGCCAUGGAUCAUUCUGACACUGCCACAAAUCAAAACAAGCCCCUGAAGACUCUCCAUAAGAUUUAAGCCCGUCUUUGCAUGGAAUCAUGAACUACAAUUUUAUGGUGCUAUGAUGUCUGACAUAACUUCAUUUAUUUAUUGUUUGAUUAAUUUCAUCCAGCUGCUUUGACGUUUUAGUGUAUGCUUGCCUUUUGUCUUUGUAAAAUCAGAAGAAGAAACAUUGUACAGAUUUUGGGAAAAUGUCUCUUCAGUCUCUGUGAUGUUCUCUG